AUGUCCUCCUAUGGUCCAAAAAGAGACGUUAAUGCAUCUGGUUGGGAAGAAUCAGAAUUUCCAAUCCUUUGCGAUGAUUGUCUAGGCCCAAAUCCCUUCGUUAGAAUGCAAAAGAGAGCUUUCGGUAAAGAAUGCAAAAUCUGCGUUCGUCCUUUCACUUUAUUCAGUUGGUGCCCUGGUGCUGGUACUAGAUACAAGAAGACAGAAAUCUGUAACACAUGCGCAAAGAUGAAGCACUGCUGUCAAACUUGUAUUCUAGAUUUAACUUACAAAAUACCCGUUCACCUCCGUGAUGCUGCACUCGGUAUCCAAUCAAAAGCUCCAACUGAUAAUUUGAAUAGACAAUACUUUGCACAGAAUCAAGAGGAUAAGCUCAAAGGCAACUCUACUAUGGUCGAUGGUGGCUUGGGGAGAGCAGAGAACGCAGGAAAGAAAAUACUUAAAGAUCUUGCAAAGAACGAACCAUACUACAAGCCAACUAAGAAUCAGAAUUCUACCUCAAAUCACAAUCAAUCACUAUCUCAAAUUACAUCACCGGUUACACCCCCAAUUAAGAAUGUUAAAUUGGAUUUAAAAAAGCCUGAUGAUCCUGAAAUUCUAUCACUGUACUGCUCUCAGCUACCCGAAGGCACUACAGAAAAUCAACUGAGAUCUGCAUUUGGAGGCUCAGCUGAUUCUAUAAAGUCAGCAACCGUAGUCCCCACCUCUAAAGUCAGCUUUGUCAAUUUCACUUCGAGGCAAGCAGCAGAAGCCGCAGCCCUAACCAUUUCAAAGAAUGGCCUUACCGUUAGCAACGAACCUGUAAGCGUCAAGUGGGGUAGGAGUAAAAAGAAGCCUGCAGCUUAA